AGUGUGGCCCCAGACGUGCCACCUGUUAGUGCUCAUCAGUGCCACGUGCCAGUGCCCAUCAGUGCCACAUGCCAGUGCCAAUCAGUGCCACAUCAAUGCCACAUAUCAGUGCCACAUAUCAGUGCCCAUCUGAGCUGCCUUUCAAUGUCACCCAUCAGUGCCAGUCAGUGCCACCUAUCAAUGCCAAUCAGUGCCACCUAUCAGUGCCAGUCAGUGUCGCCUAUCAGUGCGCAUCAGUACCAGUCAGUGCCGCCUAUCAG